AUGGUUUUUCACGAUGAAGUAUAUAGAGUUGCUAGAUUCCCAAUAGGGAGUCAAAAUAAUGACGAAUGAUGGUAUGUUCUUAUGUUUUUUGUAAAGGAGAGAGAUAUUAUUUUCUCUCUUAUAUAAUACUAAUAGGAGAUUUAUAAAAAAAAUUAUGGGAUAUUUAUGGGGAAAUUCUAUAUUACGACUUAUGGAAGCGACAGCAGAAAUAAAAUCGAAGAAUUCGGAGGAGUUUUAAUAGGGUUUUUUAUAUUUUGUGGUGGAGUUAUUUUAGCUGUAAUUAUUAUGAUAAUUCAUUGUUCAUCGAGAUCUAUAAGAAGCCCUUUGCAAAAGAUUGCGGAUUUUACCAAUAAAAUUAAUUCACAUGCAGUAGAAAGUGAAUUUUUAGGGAAUCUUGAUAUAAAUAGCUUAAAAGAAAUAAUGAUGAAAUUUCUGAGCUUGUUGCAAAUUAUAAAUCGUUAG